UGUGUGUGCGUUCAACAAACCACGCGAGCGCAUGGUCCUUAUGGCAUUGGCCACCAGUCAUCAGCAUCCCAUCAGCAAUCAAGGCGGCUCCAAUCCGCAAAAUAUAAAUUCACCAGACGAUGAAGGGUCAUCUAAAAUAAACAAAAGCCGUAACGAAUGCCAGAAAUUCCGAACCAGUCAAGGGACCGUAGCCUUGAUGCUUGGGUCAAACGAGCAUCUUCAUGCCUCGUGCGAGGAUCAUGUUAGAGUGACUAACACCACCGCUUCCUGUGUUUCUGCCAGCGUCAAUGAUUCCGGCACGGUGGAUAGCAUUUUAAAUGUCGAAUCAGCGAAAAGAUAUGCUGCCGGUGCAGUGGAAACCGGCGAGAGUAUGGCUGAGAGUAAAACAGCCAGUCGACCGGCAUCUUCCUGCAGUAGCGGCAGCAGUUCUUCCUCCUCCGAUAUUCAGCAGCACUUGCAGUCGAUGUUUUGCUUACUACGUCCGGAGGAAACGCUCAAGAUGGCUGUAAAACUGGAAUCUUUACGGACGGGUCGGACGAGGUACUUGGUCGUGGUAUCGCGCACGGUUACAAGCAAACGCCACAACAACGGUACGUUAUACCUAACCGGGAACGGAAAUGCCAGUGGUAUCUCGAACGGUACCAUCACACCGUGGUCAUUAUCAGUGACGCCGGUAACUAGCACCGCCUCUACCACGUCUCAACACGUUGGUCGAACCUGCUCGACACAGUCCGCUACGACGGUGACUGCGGCCCACUUGCGCCAUGGUAGCUGCACCAACGAGACAUUUGCUGGCAUCGAUACGUUUGUGUCCAGUCUGGACAACUGUGUCCUUAAUGUUGGUUCCAUCAGCGGAGGUCGAUUGCCCGAUGGACACGUCCCGUAUAGGAGUGAUCAAUGUGAUAGUAAAACUAGUAGUAGGUUAAUUAAUAACACCGCAACCGCUAAGAUGGCACCAUCGGGUAGUAGUGCCGACUGCAUCGGCGAACCUUUAACUACGGCCGGUUCGGAUGAAUUGACGCACAGUGAUAAGGCAGUCUGCUCACACGAAUCCGCAAGCGCCUUCAGUCAUGGAGAACUGCAACAUCAACAGUACCAGAACCAGCAUUCGAACAGCAACAGUGCCAUCUCCGUGGACGGAGGGAAAAAGAUUGAAGAAUCCUGUCUCCUCGGCAUUGAUUGCAACGAACGUACAACAGUUGGAUUGGUGCUGAAAGUACUCGCGGACACAUCCAUACGGUUAGAUGGUGAUGGAGGGUUUAGCGUCAGCUCAUGCGGCAAGCAACAUAUAUUUAAGCCAGUUUCAGUACAGGCAAUGUGGUCCGCCCUGCAGACGCUGCACAAGGCAUCGUUCAAGGCACGGGAGCACAACUUUUUUGCCGGUGGACCAUCGCACGACUGGGUGUCGUACUAUGAAGCGCACAUUGAUUCGGAUCGUUCCUGUCUCAACGAAUGGAACGCUAUGGACUCGCUCGAAAGCCGACGGCCACCGUCGCCGGGCUCCAUUCGUAGCAAACCAACCGAGCGGGAGGAAACAGAAAGUGUAAUACGUUCCAAGCUGAAGGAGGUGAUGAUGUCGGUAGAUCUGGACGACGUGACGUCGAAGUUCAUACGCGGUCGACUGGAAGAAUUGCUCGAUAUGGAUCUUGGCGAGUACAAACCGUUUAUCGAUGCCGAAAUGCUCGUUAUCCUCGGACAGAUGGAUGCACCGACGGAGAUUUUCGAUCACGUGUACCUCGGUUCGGAGUGGAAUGCAAGCAACCUGGAAGAGCUGCAACGCAACGGCGUCCAUCACAUACUGAAUGUAACGCGCGAAAUAGAUAAUUUCUUUCCCGGACUGUUUCAUUACUGCAACGUCCGUGUAUAUGACGACGAAAAAACGGAUCUACUACGACACUGGGACAAUACUUUCAAAUUCAUCUCACGAGCUAAAAUGGAGGGAUCGAAGGUACUAGUACACUGUAAGAUGGGUAUCAGUCGAUCGGCCUCGGUCGUGAUUGCGUACGCGAUGAAAGCAAAUGGUUGGAACUUUGAUCACGCGUUGCGUCACGUUAAGGAGAAGCGAAGUUGCAUCAAACCGAACAAAAACUUUCUGAUGCAGCUCGAAACGUACCAGGGCAUGCUGGACGCGAUGAAGAACAAGGAGAAACUCCAGCGCAGCAAGAGCGAAACGAACCUAAAGUUAGCCGGAGCAAAGGAGGGUCGUUCGUUACCGGGUAGUGAACCGACACCGCUGAUACAGGCACUCAACGGUGCUGGUGGCGGUCAUGCCGCUGGUAAAAAGCAACCCUCCAAUGGGGUCCUGCUAGUGUCCACGGGAGGAAAGGUUAGCCACAUUGGGGAGGUCGUCGAUGCCGAUCUUUCUAGUGCCGGUGGUGUUGAGAAGGCGUCAUCAGAAGGAAGUGAUGAAGGAGACGCUGGUCCAGGUCGGGGACGGACACGCACACGUCAGACGAAACAGCAACCCGCUCAUCAGUAUAGCACGAAACAGCAGAAACAACAGGAAGCUUCUACACAAGAAUCGCAACAAGAACAGCAAAUGUCAGUCCCUGCAAAUUCAUGCAUACGCUCGAUGCACAGUAAAAUAAUGACAAAUCUCUUUCUUCCGGCGACAACGAACAAAACGUUCACCCCUUGCGAAGGCAGAAUUUGCACGCGCAGUUCAGGUGCAUUAAAGCGCCACAAAAGUCUCUCACCCGAUUCGUUAAGCACUCGUUGGUCCGGCAACUAUGAUUCUGAAGCAUCGUCCCUUGCGUACACAGAAAAAUCAUUUCCGGCGACUGUGAGGGCAUCGCGUACGCGCACCAUGCUCGAAUUGGUGGACAAUCAAGCGGAACCAUAUGUCACGGCAGGUCCCGCCGGUUCUGGACGUCGGAAGCAGCAAAGCUACUCGCUGGAACAUCUGCACGGUGGUGCACUUGAAAUGCGCUCACCCUGCACGGAAACGAAAACGAUCCGUAUGCCAUGUGGGAAUGGACAGAACUACAGCGUCUCACCGAACCAGAUAGUGCACCUCCAAGACAAGCUGCCGGCGAACGAUGUACGCAAAACGAUUUCUUCUAGCCUGGCGACGGCCGAUACGGUUUCUUCUUCGACCCCAACGACAACGCGAACAGAAAGCUUCCUCCGGAGACUGUUCCCCAGCAGCAUCGGAACCAGCGAACAGGGUUCCGGCGACAAAGCUCAGUCACUUACUGCAACAGUGCCAUCCACCGUAUCGUCGUCUUCAUCCACAUUGGGGUCCUCGGUGAAAACGAUCGUUAACGAACUAGAGUGUAACAGUAGCAGUAGCAACAUACCGAUCGCACCACCACCGCUGCUGACGGAUCCUGGUACAAUAUUGUCCACCGUUGUCCCGAUACCAAUUGCAUCCGUGGCGGCUGAGGCAGCAGCAGUUGCGGUUGCCUCUGCCAUUCGUGAAGCGACACGAAAGGAUGUACCCGAGCUGAAGGAAGUGAAUGCACCUUCUAUCGUGUCGUUUGACGUUGGAAGCGAUAAUCGUACGAACAAUUCCGAGCAGUGGGACCCUGGAGAGGCCGGCAAUAAAAGUGAACCUAUCUGUUGGACGUCUUCCGCGCAAAUCAUUCAACAGGACCCGGUGGGUGGAUUUACGGAACCAAACCCCAUUAACGUUGCAAGCAGUGUGGAGCAGCUGUGUGAAGUUGCAUCCGAAACGGAGCCUGGACACUGCUGCUGCCCCAGCAGGACACCGCGCGAGGGUGUAAUGCGCCAAUGUUCCUGGAGUAGUUGUGAUUCGAGCUGCACGGGUACGGAUGGAUCGCGAACAGGUUCUUCCUACAUAGGGAGCAUUAGCCAACGGCGUCUGACCACACCGGGCCAACCCAGUCCAGCGGUAAACAGUGGUAGUGUAGCGCCAAUAGAAGAAAGGGAAGAUAUACCAUGGCAUCCAGGUACGGUGAAACGCACUAAGAAACGCAUCGAACAACGCAAUACGAAUGCAGUCAGUGGGUCGAUAAAAUGGAACUCUCCUUUGUCAGCUCCAUCGUUAGCAACCACACCUUCGACGGUAGUUGAAAAAAGUGCUUCAGUUGAAGUGGUUGCAUCAACUGUUCAGACAACCGAUCAACAGCAGUCGCAAAAACAUCCCCAAGCUGAAACGGGCCACGGGGACGGCUAUCAGCAGGUCGCCUGUGAAGGUCAGGGAAUGGUUUCGUCGAGUUACGCCCGGCUGUCGGCAUCGGCACCGGAUUCGUACAAUCUUUAUGCGGAGCCAGCCAAUCGGGCUGGCGAGUCGAUCGUUACGACGAGUGUAAUUGCCGAGCCAUUCCCCGCCAAACGUCAAGUCAAGCUGAAACAUCAGCAUUCGUUUGCCGGUAUUGGUGACGGUCUGUCGCUUACAGGUGAGCCCUCAACGUCAUAUUGUUUGCGAGUGAGCUUUCGUGGUGGUACCGGUGGUUUCGGCGAUCGCCAUCAACCCACCCAAGAGCAGGGCGAUGGAGCUGAGGAAGAUACGUUCAACGCUGGAAAAGUGCGAAAUCUGAAGAUGAGCUUUGAAGCGAAAUCGAACGACCGUCGACAAGGGCCGAAGAAGGUACGAUCGCUUCCAUCCUCACCUGUUGCUGUGCACGUAUCGAUGGGUAGUCAAACGAAGCGAGCGUCUGUACAACCGACGUCCACCGUUAGCUCGUCCACAACGCCCUCAACAAUGUCAGCUUCAUCAUUGCUAUCUUCGAUGCCGGGACCGGUAGUAUCGAACAAAACCAUACAACCGAGCAUUACUCCACCCGAGGAUGUGACAGUACGUGAUCUGGUCGAUCGGUACGAGGUGCAAGGUCCUCGCACACGUGUAACUGGCAGCAAUACACUUACGCGUACACAGCGACCACGAUCGGUAUUCGAACCGCUCAAACAGAGCGGUGCCGGUAAACCGUUCACACCGCCGGCUAGCCUACUGUCUCACUCCACAACGCAGUGUCGUCUCGAUGACUCAAUGCGGCCACCGGUGCCUCCACUGGUGCGUGGAUUAGUGAUACCACAACAUAGUGGGAGUGGAGCAAGCACCGUACCCUAUAAUAACAACAGCAGCAGCAACACGGGUACGAAUAACAGCAAUUAUCACGCGCAAUCUGGUCGCGUUUCCUCCGGAACCGUUGCUGUUGAUACUGCCAGCAACAAUAAUGUCAGAAACAACAACACGCGAAUAAUGCUACAGUCGGCCGGAUCAGGCGAAGGUGUUGUUGCUGUAGGUACGGUUGGAGGAAAACGACCACAGCAGCAUGGUCGGACACAUCCGCUGGCUAAAAUAAGCCCAAACGCCCGGCAUCACCAUCAUCACCUGCAUGUGCAUCACCAUCAUCAUCUGGUGCAUCAUCAGUACACAAUUGGACAGUUGCAGCAGCAUCGCCACAUUGGCACGACACCGGGCCCGGGUGUAUCCGGUACAACAGGUUCAUCUGCCACUGUCACUGCCAAUGCUUACAACACGAUGUGAUCUCUCAUCCUGUGUUAAUUCACGCAUUGGCCAUCAGAUGAAACAAUUGGUGUCCUGCAUGCACAGACGCGUCCAGUUCAGACAAAAUACGUAAAGCCAUCAUAGUUGCUUCUAGGUGAUGGUACGAUGCUGGUGUUCCAUUUGCUUUCUGUUUGUUUGUUUCUUUUUUUUUGUAAUUUUGCUAAUUGUGGAAAAUGGUCCAAAUUACGUUCUAGAGAGCACAACUAUUGCAAAAUUUGUUGCGCAGCACCCCUUACAGUGAUGAAGUUUAGGCUCUAGCACAAACAGUCAGCAUGUAUUUUUAAAAUUUUGUUUUUUUGCUAUCUGUUUUCUCGAUUGUGAUGAUGUUCUAUUUUUUAUACAUAUAUAUUUAUUAUUUCAAUGUCAAUAGAAAACAGCUCAAUUCGUUCCUUGACAUUUUUUGUAUGUCAUAUAUUCCACGGUUAGUAAAUUCGUCAAGUGAACAAAGUCAAUGGUGCAAUAAUGAAAUGAUAUAAAAUCAAGAAAACCAGCUUUUUUCUUCGGGAUCUAACAAUUAAUCACACGUUUAUCCCUGCUCCUCCAUCGGGCGCCUUUGCUGCAAACAAACGAUCAAAGAAAAUAAACCAUGUUCGUUUAGUCACCUUUUUCCUUUCUUUUGUGCAUGCAUUUCAAUAACUUCUAUUUGUUUGUAAUCCGUUUUGUUGUUAUGUUUUGCGUAUAAAGCUUCUACGCGGUUGUUUUUGCAAAUUUGAGCUUUUUUGUAUUCGAAAAUUAUUUUAAAAAAAUCUGUUUUAUGAACCCAAAUGAUUGUAUGAUUGAUUGAUUAUCAAUUACAAACACCGUGCAAAAAGUUUGGUAACAAUUGGGGAGCUUUAAAACAUCAAACAGUUUAUUCUUCGUCCCCUACUUCUACAAUUAUUCUAUAAGUGAAACGAUUCUUUUCCCGCUAGUUUUAACAACCUAGUCAAACAACCCUGAACGAAACUGAUCCUUUGCGCAUUUUUAUUUUUAAACAUUUUUUACCAUUCCGAUUUAAUUAUCAUGCUUUUGCUAUCUGUUAUCUCGAAUGUUCAAGCACUGGUGAAACAAUUUUAUCGAUUACGGCUGAUGUUAUUGGUUGAAAGCAUUAUGUAUCUGUAACACGGUAAAUUUUUGCCUGAUCUGUUCUGAUAUGGACUUAAUAACAACUUAACAAAACAUUAGUUUAGGAGCGAUUUUAUCUUUGAAAUUAUUUUUUACCCAGCGAAGGGUUUGCCAACUGCUCUAACGAAUCACUCACAGUGAUAUAAAUAAUUCAUGAGUUUUUCCACUCGUGAGCGAGCGACCGACUAGAAUUAAAUCCCAAUUCCUGAAUGACUUCUAUUGUUAGCAAUGAGUUAUUAGUCACCGCGAGUUAUAAACUCAUGAAUGAUUUCAAUCGCAAAAGCGUGAGUGAAAGUAACUCAUUCUAUCGUAUGAUUCUCUAGUACACAUUCGAUCGUACAUGACUUAACUUAUUGAAGGCGAUUCUAACCGUUUCAACUGUUCUGGAGAUGAUGGUCAAAUGAAGGCAUGUGAGCUGUUUUAAGGACAAAGUACUUUUAUUGCCCCAUAGCCACAUGUUCGUCAUCUCUUUAUCCAGCGAUUUUUUAAUUCAUUGCCCAAUGCACUGCAUGCUCUUAUUUAAUGUACCUUUGAUCUUUUGCUUUACAUAAAUAUCCCAUUUCUUUAUAUUACAAUGUUUCGUACUGUAAUGAUCUCGCUACCGAUGGGAAUCAUAGCAAAAUUACAAAACAAUACAUAUGAAGCAAAUGGGUUCGCAUCAUGUGUGCGGUUGUCGUCAUAUUGGUCUUAAAGGACAACAAUACGCGAAUUUUGAAUAUGUUUUUAAAAUAAUGUGUGCCUGUUCAAAGUUAUAGGGACAUGCCAAGAAGCAGAACUGCAUUUCCAACGUACCAACCCCCUCCCCCCCACCUCCCUACCCCUACUUCCACACCCCUCCUGACGGCUUCCGAUUAAUGUUAGUCUUAUUUUAAUGAUACAUGUUAAACGAUUGUGCGUGUGUUUUUGGUGUGCGUAUUGUGUGCAUAUAUGCCCGUGCAUGUAUAUAAGCUAGGUAGAUGGAAAAAAGUGAACGACUAGAAAGCAAGGAUAACCAACACACGUAACGUGCAAAAUUCAGCAAGAAAAGAUAAAAAUGACAGAUCUAUACAACAAGACCAUCCGCUGUGUACAGUUAGUUACUCAUUUCAAUUUCAUCGAAAAAAAUGGAUACGCUAAACGUUAAAUCAAUAAAUGCAGAAAAAUUUAU